UCUUCGACUAAAGGCGGUGCUCCAGCAAGGCCGCAGUCAAAUGACUGAAACAAGUAACGGAAUAAGAGUGGAUAGAUAGUGAGUUAUUGAGAGAGAGAGAGAGAGAGAGAGAGAGAGAGGCGGAGGUAAUUUCCUACAGAAAGCUUUCACACCCGAUAAUUAUUUCACCUCGCAUCGUUUUACUCAAAUAAAAACAAAGUACUUCACAAAAGAAACAACUUAAUGGGUGUUUUUAAAGACCACUGCCAACAUUAUAAACACUGAGAAAGACAAACAGACAAAGAGCUGGAGAAACCAAUGCACAGAGAUGGUUGUGGGUGAGGGUGGAUUAUUACUCCGCAUAAGUUUUAGUUCGAACGUCAGUUCAUGGUCUCGGUUAGUUGACUGGCACAGAGACAAUCAAACCCGUGAUUAAUGAUAACAACAGAAGCCGAAGUAUAAACAAGAGAAGCAAAGUUUCACCGUACGUUCAUUUCAAAGCAGUAUUGGAUUACAACGGAUGAUCGAUGGACCAAAGUGCAAGAGAUAAGACAGGAUAACGUUGUGGCUUACAUUGUGGUCACUCAGAACACUUCACUUGUUGCAUCUACACACACACUGGAGUCUCACUCAAACGCACUCACUCCUUUCAUUCGCCCUUAAAGCUGUCACCUGCCAUAGACUCAUCAUACAUGUACACAAACACACACACACACACACACACACAUACAUGAUUAUAGAGGGCAACAGAAUGUAUGAACAAUAUCAACAACAAAUCUAAGGCUACCUUGCUACAACGUUAACAAAAACCAAAGCGUCAAGUGACAACAACAACAACAACAACAGAACAGAGAAUCAAUUUUCAGAAAUCAGUUUUGAUCCAGAACAUACUGAGUUCUCCUUCUCAACCUUCCGCCAUGGGGUCUAAAAGUUUGAAAGACAAAAUACAAAUCCGUUACAUCUUAGUUGGAAUGUCAUUUCUCGGUUUUAUGGUGGUCUAUGCCCUCCGUGUUAACCUCAGUGUAGCCAUCAUAGCAAUGACAAACACUCUACAAUCUGAAGACAAAAACGUCACAAUGCAUUGUCCCGUUCUUAACGACAGCAAAGCAGAUAAUCAUACUGGAGAGUUCGACUGGGAUUCCAACCAGCAAGGACUGAUCCUUGGAUCCUUCUUCUAUGGAUACAUUUGUACACAGUUCAUCGGUGCUGUUCUUGCUAAGUGGAAGGGUGCCAAAUACUUGCUGGGUGGAGGCAUUGUUUUAACUGCUGUCCUGUCCUUAGUCAUUCCAGCAGCAGCUCGGUGGAGCUUCACUGCAUUAGUGGUGAUCAGAGUUGCACAAGGUUUCUUUGAGGGUGUAACAUUCCCAGCGAUGCAUAACCUCUUGGGUAAAUGGUCUCCAAUGCGUGAGAGAAGCACCUUAGCUACCAUCACAUAUUCUGGUGCACAUAUGGGAACGGUUCUAUCACUGCCAAUAUCAGGUGUUUUAGCAAAUUCUGACCUAUUUGGAGGAUGGCCAUCAAUAUUCUAUGUUCCUGGAAUCGGAGGAAUUAUCUGGUUUAUAGGAUGGAUCUUCAUUGCUUCCAACUCUCCAGCUGACCAUCCUUGGAUUUCAGAAAAGGAAAAGCAAUACAUAGAAUCGUCAGUUGGCUCCAGAAAGGAAUUCAAAACACCAUGGUAUUCCAUCUUCACAUCAAUCAGAGUUUGGGCUAUAAAUGUUGGUCAUGUGACUUUCAACUGGAAUUUCUAUUUGAUGCUCACAAGUCUGCCCCUCUACAUGAAGACAGUCCUCCAUUUUGAUAUAAGCCAGAACAGUUUAUAUUCAGCCAUUCCCUAUCUUCUGCUAUGGCUUCUGAUGACAAUCACAGGGUUUGUGGCUGACUGGUUAAAGAAUGGAAUCCUGUCCACUGCGACCACCCGUAAAAUCAUGAACACAGCCGGUUUGAUACUAUCAGCUAUUUUACUUGGUACCAUCCAAUAUGUUGGUUGUGACCGAUACGCGGCUCUAGCCAUGGUCACCAUGGCUAUUGCCAUUUCUGCAAUUACUUUGGGAGGAUAUCAAGUCAACCAUUUAGACAUAGCACCUAAUUUUGCUGGUACUCUCAUGGGAAUAUCAAAUACUUUUGCUACAAUUCCUGGUUUUGUAGCUCCGAGUGUUGUUGGCGCCUUUACUCAUAUUCAGGAUCCCUAUUUUGGCUGGCUCAAAGUAUUCUACUUGUCAGUUGCAAUCAAUGUUAUCGGUGCUGUAUUCUACCUCAUAUUUGCAUCUGGAGAAGAACAAAGAUGGGCCCAGUCAGAGGAUGGACAAAAUGAGCCAAUUAUAAUUGCAAAAUGAAAGGAAAAUGUUAAAGACAAAC